AUGUCAUUCAUCCAUCCAUCCAUCCAUUCAUCUAUCUAUCUAUCUAGAAUCUAUUCAUCCAUUCAUCUAUCCAUCUAUCUAUCCAUCUAUUCAUCUAUCUAUUUAUCCAUUAUUCAUCCAUCUAUUCAUCCAUCCAAAUCUAUCAUUCAUCGCCAUUAUCUAUCCAUCCAUCCAUCUAUCUAUCCAUCCAUCCAUUCGUCAUCUAUCUAUUCAUCAAAUUCAUUCAUCUAUCCAUCAUUCCAUCCAUCCAUCUAUUCAAAUCUAUUAUAUCUAUCUAUAAUCCAAAUGUAUCCAUCCAUUCAUUCAUCUAUCUAUCUAUCCAUCUAUCUAUCUAUCUAUCUAUCAGUUAAAUCUGUUUUUUCAAUCAUUCAUCCUGUUCAAAUCUAUCUAUUUAUCCAUCCAUCCAUCUAUCUAUCUAUCUAUCAUAUCAAUCUGUUCAAAUGUAUCCAUCUAUUUAUCCAUCUAUCUAUUCAGUUUUUUUAUCUAUCUUUUUCAUCCAUCCAUGUCAUAUAUCAAAUCAUCAUUCAUCUAUCUAUCUAUCUAUCUGUUCAUCUAAAUAUCUAUCUAUUCAAAUCUAUUCAUUUAUAUACAAAUUUGUUCAAAAUCUAUCAUCUAAGUUGUUCAUUAUUAAUAAAUUCAAUUCUAUCUAAGAAUCUAUCUAUCUAG